AUGAAGAGGUGAGUAGGACGGCAAAAAAAAAUGCGCCAUUGUCAAAUUAAAGCAUUUUCAAGUCAUUCGACAAGUGUUUAAGCCUGUUGACCAGGUUUUAUUUUCUUUAUAACUCGCAAAUGUAACCCCAACAUGACUUGUCUUCUUUGUGAAUGUGUUCAGCCAACAGAAAAGCCCUGAACCAGAUGGAAAUGUAACCAUCAACGAGGAAGGUACACCAGCUAUUUACUGCUCAUCUUCAUCAUUUUUGUUUAUUUCUUUAUAUACUGGCAUUAAAAGUUGUUUGACGUCCAUCAAAAUAUGUUGAGAAACGUGUCAAGGUAUCUUUGUCUCCGUUCAGGUCAGCUUCAACCAUCCAUCAUUCAUUGAUUUUCUUUAAAUUAGACAGAUUUGACAGACAUGCUGGUUUGAAGUGGCUACAUAUAUCAUAACAUGAAUUAUUCACCAAACAUCCUUGACAAUUGGAAACAACACUUUCCCGACAAAUUCUACUUUUGAGUGAACUUCUACAUUUUCAGUUUAAGUUGGCAUGGUCAGACAGAUGAUAACUGUACCUAACAUUUUUAUUAUUGAGACUGCAGUGAGUAGUGUUCGUUUAGUACAGCUAUUUUGAUAAUGUCAACAAAAAUAGAGGAUGUAUAAGCUCUGUAAAAGUGUCAUUUAGUUUGAAACGUAUGAUUUGACUUGCAUUAGGUUGCCCAGGUACUGAAAAUGUUAUAGCUUGUCAGUGUGUUAUGUGGUUAAACCAGGGAUACUAAUUGAUUGAGUUUCAAGUACUCUUCAGUUAAGAAUGAACACAACGUGUAAUCUUGUAUGACAUUCAGCUGUGAGGCCAGUGUUUAAAGUUUAAGGCAUGUAUUGAUGUGACUUUACCUGCUAAACACGUUGUGCACAGCAUAGACACUCAGUCAAGGCUGCAGCUUUGCUCCAGGUCUUCUAUUAGGGGAGCCGAAGGUGAAGAACUGUUUAAAAGACAUGCAGAGAAACUUCCACAUUUGGCAAAGCUGGCACUCUAAUAUUGCUGCGUACCUGCAACAUUAGUGUAUUCUGAGCAAGUUUUUUUCUGUGACCUGGCAGUGAACAAAUUUGAAGAAGAUUGGACACCGAGUCUGAAAAAAUACAUGUGUUCAUUUGGGGGAAAAAUGCUUUUGGUAUAGUGUUUUUUUAGGGAAAAAUAUAAGUAAGCCUUUUGAUCUUGUCUUCAGUAGUAUUUCUGCUUUUUCAAGUAUAAAAAUCAUUCAAGUUGUGCAGUGAUUGCAAGUUAGAAGUGAAAGAGAACGGGGGGUGGGGUAAGUCUGUACAUGAGAGGCCUUGUUUCUGCCAGUAACUACCUUUUUUUUUUAGUUUUCUAGAAGACUCCAAAAUCAGGCAACUGGACUGUGUAGAGUUGAGAAGAUGUUUCGCCUCUUAUCCAAGAAGCUUCUUCAGCUCUAAUUAUUAUGAGGAGCAGAUAUUUAUCUUACUGGAGAAGGGGACAGACAACGACUGGGAGGAGUUGGAAAGAAUGGGUUGUAGAAACCCAUCUCCGGGUGUUCCCCCCCGAGGGUUGUUAACCUGAAAGGGUCGUUAGCGACCCCUGUCAUGUGACCACCUGACUCAUGCCACCUGGGUUAUGUGGUCCCAGGUGUGAAUGUUUGUGGAGCUUCCUGGGGAGAGAGCUGAAAACUGCAUUGUAGGUGCUGAAGGGAUUGUGCCUGAGUCCACCCCCUCUGUUCAGAGAGGGUUUCUCCAGUCUGGUAAAGAUGGCGUCUUUAACUCUUCUUUCAAACCAUCUGUCUUCUCUGGCCAACACCUGUACAUUGCUGUCCUCGAAAGAGUGACCCGUGUCCUUUAAGUGAAGGUGGACAGCUGAGUCCUGACCUGAGGAAGUGGCUCUCCUGUGUUGAGCCAUGCGUUUGUGAAGCGGUUGUUCAGUUUCCCCAAUGUACAAGUCUGAGCAUUCCUCGCUGCACUGGACAGCGUACACCACAUUACUCUGUUCAUGUCUCUGUGUUUUUUUCUGCUUCUUUAGGGUCAGUGGCCACAGCGGAGGACCCGGCAGCUAUUACCACCAUUCAGUCUGCUGCUACCUUCACUGACCAACCCAUCAAAUACCUCUUCAAGACAGAAGGAGCAGGCGGACAGGUACAAUUGAGAAUUGACAAAAACGUGGCAAUUUCAGUGAACCUGAGAGCUUUUUCAUAUAAGUCAUUGAUGUGCUGCUUUAUUUUUUUUAUCACCAAGAGGCUCUCUAGUAGACCAGAGGAUCCAGACUUACAGGGUUUUUCCUGCGUUCAAAAUUGCGUGGCGGCCGCCUCCACCUAAUUUUGUGCCGCCCCCAGCCAGAGCGAUUGAUUUCGCUCAACACAGCGUAAAGCUCCAGCUGUGUUGAUUGAGUGUAUGAUGUCCCUCUGCUGCAGCAACGUAUUUUAAGAUAUGUAAAAUAUGACAAGCAUCAUGACGGGAUGAUUUUCUCUAUUGUGCAGAGGAAAUGAUCUCUGCCUGGGGUAAAGGAUUACGGGAAUACAGUUCAAUCAUUGUAAUGUUUUCAAUUGACGCAAUGCAAUAUAUCACAGAGAAGAUAUUGCAACACUAAACUGCUGUUAAGUCUCUGUUUCUCCCCAUUCGUGUUUAUUAAAACAAAAGGUUUCCUCCGUUUUUUAGUGUUGCAGUUAUGACAGGCAAAAUCAGCCAGUACUUUAAAAAGCGACCUCGCGAGGAGGAAAGUCAAGAGUCCAAGUGAAACACAGCAGAGAAAAAACGUAACAGGCAGUUAAAAUGCUAUAAUUCAUAGUGGUGCAACUCAGUGCUGACCUCUUAUUGUGAUGUGUUGUGUCUAAGGUGACUUACAGAGUGAUCCAGGUAUCAGACAGCCAGCUGGAGGGUCAGACGGAGGGAGCAGCAGCAGUCAGCCUGGUCACUGGUUUCCCUGCAACCACACAGAGCCAGUGGCUUUGACAAGCAGUGGCUCAAUCAAUUUACCUGGCUCAGGCAUACUGAGGAAGGCAUGCACUGCUAUUUAUGCCAAAAGCACUGUGCCCCUACCCAUCAGAUUUGUUUGAAGCUAAAUCUAUCGACUAAUUCCACCUUUUUCAAAGUGCUCUACAUUAAAAAGACAUGAGGUGACAGCCGUUCACAAAGCAGCAGAAGAGAAGGAGAAAUAUAUUAAAGAUGGUAGUACCUAAAAACACUCAACUAAUAAAUAAUAACUAAUAAUUAAUAAAAAAUAAAUAAAACUAAAAGAACAUAGUUCAGAUAGUUUAAGAAAUAAUUGGUUGUCGUUUUUUUAGGCAGGACACUGCAGCGUAUACAUAUAUAUAAUAUAUGAUUGAAAACACUAUCACUCUUCAUGUCUGUAUCAGAAUAAAAACAAAAAUACUUAAUGCAUGAUGAAUUGUUUUGUUUAAGGUGAAGACACCUCUGUGGAACAGACUGAAGGAGAGGCACUUGGAUGUCUGUUGUAAGGUGGCCGUUGAUGGACCAGACCAGGAGGCCUUGGACUACAAGGAGUGCAUGAGGAGGUUCUACAGAAUGAAAAAGAGGAGGCUGAAAUGUUCUGUCUGGUUGCGAGAUGUGUGGAUGAAGUGUACUUUCAAUUUAAAGUUGCCAGCUGAUUUGUGUAUGUAUAUAGUUUUAAUAAAUGAAUGCUUUAACAUGAUAAUGGUCACACUCUUUUUUGAACUCUUAACUUAAAGUAUGUUGCCUGUAAAAGAAAGUGAGACAGUUGAAUUUACAAAUAUAUGCACGUCAUGGCGCAUGGUCAGGAUGGUGCCACCUCUGCCUCAAUUUGAGCCAGGAAAAACCCUGAGACUUACCUUAGUAUUGCUGCAGAUCUAACAUCUAUACUUUCAGUAGUCUGUCAGUGAAAAGGGGCAUUUCAUCCCAUUUGAUUCAUCUCCCACUCAAAAAGGAACUACAGACUAUUACAGUCAGAUUUACAUAAAGAAAAAAGAUGAUGUUUAUAUCAAAGUGCUGAUGCUUUUCAGGAAAGAAAAGAAUCCUUAGUAAACAUUGCAUUACUUCAUAAAUCAUUGUAAUGUUUUCAAUUGACGCAAUGCAAUAUAUCACAGAGAAGAUAUUGCGACACUAAACUGCUGUUAAGUCUCUGUUUCUCCCCAUUCUCCAAGUUAUCCCAAUAUUACAAACGAUGCACCAUGACAACCAAUACUCUCAAUGGACCCUUUUACCUUCUCAGGGCAAAGUGUCUCUGCUGGUGCAACCCCUGAAACAUAAUCGACGUGUUCGUUCGUUCCAUCCUAAAUCAGAAACUAAGUUCAGACUUGGCUAAGUCAGAUCUACUGCAAUGCUGGUGCAACUCAGUGCUGACCUCUUAUUGUGAUGUGUUGUGUCUAAGGUGACUUACAGAGUGAUCCAGGUAUCAGACAGCCAGCUGGAGGCUCAGACGGAGGGAGCAGCAGCAGUCAGCCUGGUCACUGGUUUCCCUGCAACCACACAGACUGUCACACAGGUGAGAAUGACAAUCAGUGUCCCAUCACUGAACUGAACCACAUCAUUUUACAGUCCUCCUACCCAUCAGAUUUGUUUGAAGCUAAAUCUAUCGACUAAUUCCACCUUUUUCAAAGUGCUCUAAUUAAAGGGAUGAAAAAAGGGAUGGCACCCCCAAAGAUAUUAUAAAAAAGGACACAGACUUUCAUUUUGUCAUAAAAAACUCUAAACUGAAUCUUAUGUGAUAUCUUAGAAAUCAUUAAUAAAUGAAACGACAGGGCUUAACUUCCAAUUUCAAAUUGCAGCUCUAACUUAAAAUUUGGUCCACAUUUGGAUGGGGUUGUGGAGAGAUAAAAGAGGGAGCACUUAUCUCUCUAUAUCUGGUUUGACCAUUGUUUCCUAACCUCACUCCACUGACUUGUUUGUCCUGCUUUGUCUGAUUUUUCACUCUUUCCUGCUGAACAGUGCAACAGAAGACUAAGAGUGAGAUUUGUGUUUGUUUGAUAUCAGGCUGUGUUCUCCCAGUCUGACGGGUUGGAGGGAGAUGGCAACGCAGAGACACAGUAUACCUACUAUCCUGCGACCAUUGCAGAUGCCACCAGCGGCACUAUGGUGACCACAGUGCAGGCUUCUGACACUCUGCUGGGCCAGACCACACCCACAGGUACUUACUGCUCAGAUAACAGUCGUUGCUACUCCAAGCAUGGAUUUGUCAGGGCGCUAGCUAUUUUGUUUUUACUUAAUUAUAUUCAAACAACCAAUGAACAGUGUACUUAAACAAACACCUAUAGUGGUUUUUGUAACUCUUACAGCCUGUUUGGCACUUGUCAUCGAGAACUAAUCGACUGAAGCUACACAAAAACUUUUGAUCUACUGAGUCAUUUAGACCUUGAAAUAAAAACAAACACUUGAAGAUAGAAGAAUCAGCCUAUCAGUUUUUCUCCUUCAAUCACAUUAAAGGCUUUCAGCGAGUUCUUUAAAAUACUUCAAAAGUCGACUUAUUCUAAUUGUUGAUAUAACUUUUGUUUUGCAGGGCAGCUUUAUGUGAUGAUGUCACCACAGGAAGUUUUGACAGGCUCCAAUCAAAGAACAAUCGCACCUCGCACGCAGCCAUACAUCGCGUAAGUCCAUCCUUGUUCAACAGAUUUCAGUGUUGGCAGAAACCAUGGUUACAUUAAGUGUCUGCAAAGGAAUAACUUUAGGAUUCAGUCAAAUGGAAUUUAAUUACUUUAUUGAUUUGACCUGUGAUUCAUAUCAAAACACCUUACUGAUUAUUAUCUGUUUCCGCUAGUAAACCAGCUGUGUUAAAUAGACUAGACAGGGUUUCAAGACCAAGCAUAGAACUUUAAUCAGACAUCAUUCAUAGAUGCUGUGCCCUCUUCAUUCUUUUACUGUACAGGUGAUCUGCUAAAAGUUAUACGUUUGUUUUACCGGAGGCAAACAGGACAAAAAUGAGAGGAGGGAGGCUGGAGGGGGAUAUUAUAUUCAUGACCAAGAGAAUUAAAUUGAAUUCAAGUCGCCUCAAAGCACAGACUUGCAUCUGAGCAUGUCUUCAUUUUGUGUUACUGACACUGCAGUUCUCAUACUGUAUCAGCUAAUGAUCUGUUUUACCCAUUGUUGAUGUUAUCAGACAUUAAGGGAUGAAAAAAGGGAUGGCACCCCCAAAGAUAUUAUAAAAAAGGACACAGACUUUCAUUUUGUCAUAAAAAACUCUAAACUGAAUCUUAUGUGAUAUCUUAGAAAUCAUUAAUAAAUGAAACGACAGGGCUUAACUUCCAAUUUCAAAUUGCAGCUCUAACUAAAAUUUGGUCCCAACCAGUUUAACAGUUGAGAUUAAGCUUGUCUGGAGAUUUUAUGAGGUCAGCUUGCUAAAAUGAACGUGGUUUAAGGCUCAACAUAUCCAUCUUACACUCUAAUCUCACUUCCUGGUACGCCCUGCUCAUCAGCCGCUGUCUUAACAGGUUCUUUUUGUUUACUCAGUUGUGUUUACUGAACUUGGCGCUUUCUAAACACCAAAGCUGAGCGAUAAUCAAAAAACCUGAGUGAUAGAGGCAGCUACUACUUAAGUCUAUGAGCAACUUGGAGUCUCGGAGCAACUACUCAAGUCUUUGACAAAGGAAAAAGAGUGAGGUGGCUCAAUGAAGAUAAAUUCAGGCUGUUUUUGGCAAAAGAGCUAUGUGAGCUAUUCCUUUAAGCGACAAAACAAACACCUAUAGUGGUUUUUGUAACUCUUACAGCCUGUUUGGCACUUGUCAUCGAGAACUAAUCGACUGAAGCUACACAAAAACUUUUGAUCUACUGAGUCAUUUAGACCUUGAAAUAAAAACAAACACUUGAAGAUAGAAGAAUCAGCCUAUCAGUUUUUCUCCUUCAAUCACAUUAAAGGCUUUCAGCGAGUUCUUUAAAAUACUUCAAAAGUCGACUUAUUCUAAUUGUUGAUAUAACUUUUGUUUUGCAGGGCAGCUUUAUGUGAUGAUGUCACCACAGGAAGUUUUGACAGGCUCCAAUCAAAGAACAAUCGCACCUCGCACGCAGCCAUACAUCGCGUAAGUCCAUCCUUGUUCAACAGAUUUGCGGCUCUAUAACCUCCAAUUGAAGCUGUUUGUUUACAGCUCAAUGUAGAAAAUGUGCUGCAGCCUCAGAGUUGAGAAGAGUUAAAGUUUUCACUCUGUUUUGCUUUUCAGAAAGCAAGAAGCUCCUCGUAAGCUCAAAAACAUGACCAGCUACUUACAUCACAAGUGUGUUACUCCAAACCUCCUGCAGUACUUUGCUUCUCUGUAUCAGAUGCACUUAUGGAAGUGUCUGAGAAACAAAUUGUAUCUAUGCUUUGGCUUGUUUUUAUCCCUCCCCAUCAUCCCCUUUGACCAGUUGACUCCAUAUUGACUGUGUAAAUAUCUAUUUAUUUACAGUCAGUUGAGCUCAGACAACCGUCUUGGUUUUACAUGGAGAGCAUAUGUCCAUACAGUUUCCACAUCAUGUUUAGUUGUUUUUGUCAGAAAAGAGCCAACAGAGGGCUUAAAUCAAGUGUGUGUAAAGAGGACAAAAUGAUGGAUGCAGGUUGUGAACUUCUUCAUAUUCAUGAACCAGAACAUGCAGCUCUUUAUACUUUGUAUGGAUGACUUUAUCGAUGUCCCUGCUUCAAUGAUGUCCACAAAGAGAGAUAGUCAUUUUAGUUAAAUUUCUAAUUGUUGGGAGAAAAAACAGUUCAGUUUCUGAAUUUUUAGGUUCUCUUGUCUCAGAGCAAAGGAGGAAUCUUGUCCAAAGCCUGUGAGUACAUCAAGGAACUCCGACAGAACAACCUGAAGCUGGGGGAAGACAUCAGCACUCUUGACCGGCUGCGGAUUGACAACCAGUUGCUUAGACAAGAGGUCUGUUUGUGUCUCACUGGCCUUUACAGCUAUAGUUACUAAACUGACUAUAGUUCAGUGGUCAGUAUUUUACUCAUAAAUUAAAUCAUCAGUCUUUCCCAAACCUGCAGAUUCCACCGAGUAAAUUACCUCUUCAGCCAAAGUAAUUGUAUUUCUGAUACAAAGUCAGGAUGCAGCUGAUUAUUCAUCGUUGCUACCGUCUUAUCUGUGUUGCUGUUGCUCAGGUGGAAGACUGGAAGUCCAAGAAUCAGAUCUUGAGGAACCUGCUGCGACAGCACGGCAUUGUGGGAUCAUCCAGCACAGACCCUCAAUAA